AUGUUCGCGGCACUGUGUCAACGCCGAUUCUACAUUACAUUUUACGCGCGACAAAAGAAUCCGGAAGGCGAGAGCAAGCUCGAAAGAAUACUCUGCUUCGUCGCUGUAAAGUUCGCAGAUGUUUUCUUCACUUAUAAGCCUCCCACAGAUACGUAUAACGCCGAUCUUGGUCGCGAUGCUGUUGUUCCAGAAGGAUUGCCAGCUCAGCUGGCACGGCUGACUCAGUAA